AUGGGCAAACGGAGCAAGGCAUUCGACGAAAUUGCCGCUUUGGCAAAACAGCGAAUAAUGAUCAUAGAUGGCGCUUUGGGAACAAUGAUACAACGAGAGCAUUUGGAAGAGAAGGAUUUUCGAAAUGAAGCUCUCAAAGAUCAUCCAAAACCUUUAAAAGGUAACAAUGACCUCUUGUCAAUAACUCGUCCGGAUAUCAUUUACAAGAUUUAUAAACUCCACCUGGAUGCUGGAGCAGACUUUAUAGAGACUGCUACUUUUUCUGGAACGACGAUAGCCCAAGCUGAUUAUGGGACGGAGCAUUUAGUCCAUGAAAUGAAUUAUCAAUCAGCUUUGAUCGCUAGACGAGCGUGUGAUACUGUAGAAUUGGAAACAAGCAGAAAAUGUUUUGUGUGUGGAGGGAUUGGACCAACGAAUAAAACUUUGUCUAUUUCGCCAUCAGUGGAGAAGCCAGAGAUGAGAAAUAUCACAUUCCAGGAACUUGUAAAAGCUUAUGGGGAACAAGCGAGGGCAUUGUUGGAAGGUGGUGUAGAUGUUCUACUAGUUGAAACUGUAUUCGAUACUGCUAAUGCAAAAGCUGCUCUAUUUGCCAUUAGAAGCUUAUUUGAAGAUGAAGAAAUAAUGGAAGUACCUGUAUUCCUUUCCGCCACCAUUGUUGACCUUUCUGGCAGAACUCUGUCAGGACAAACUGGAGAAGCUUUUUUAGUGUCUACCAGACAGGGAAAACCGUCAGCGGUAGGAUUGAAUUGUGCACUUGGAGCCAAAGACAUGAGACCAUUCAUCGAAGCUAUGGCAAACUUCUCCGAAGCCCUCAUAAUUUGCUAUCCAAAUGCGGGUAAGUUCUUUUAUUCUCAUUCUCACUGA